AUGGUGCGAGCUUUAGGCAGGUCGGCAUCGCCGCACGGCGCCGCGAAGCCUUCAUCAAGUACCAGCAUUCUUCCGCUAAUCACCGCCGGCCACGUGUCCUCCAUCUGGCACGACAUCGUUCUCAUUCCGCCUGCCCCCGUUGCGCCUAGCCGAGCGGUCAACAAAUGCGCCAAACUCCUCCCCUCUUUCUCAUUCGUCGAAAGGCGUCCCGCGGGCGGCGCAGCGGUUCCAGGGGAGCGCGGGGAUUCCAGAGCGGGUUCCGCGGAGGACGGGGAGAAGCAGGCGGAGCAGCAACCCGAAGCGGAGGAAUGCAUUUGGGAAGCUAAGAACACGUGGAAGAAUCGAAAAGCCAAGGGACGGAUAGAUCCCGCCACGCAGAGAGCGGCGCAAGCGGCGGCGGAAGCGGUGAAAGCGGCGGCGGAAGCAGCGGCGCAGGCGGCGGCGGAAGCAGCUGCGGAAGCGGAACGAACAAUUCGCUACGCGCACCGCACGUGGCGAAUUCUCUGCCACUCGCUGCGCCGGCCCGUGCUGCGGCGCAUUGCGCAUGUACCGGAGAGCCAUGGGCGGGAGCGCGCGGAGGCGGCGCAAGCGGCUGUUAGAGAGCUGGAGGGGGGCGGGGGAGGAGAUGCGGAGGCGCAGGGGGAGAAGGGGCAUGGGCAUGGGCAUUGGCAUUUGCAUUGGCAUAAGCAUGGGGAUGGGCAUGGGCACAAGCAUUGCCACAAGCAUGGGCCAGGGCAUGAUGGGCAUAAGCAUAAGCAUGGGCAUGAGCAGGAGGAGGGACAGGAGGAGGAGAAGCAGGAGCGGAAAUCACCCAAGGGGCACGAGGGAGGAGGUGUGAGCAGCAGCAGCAGCAGCAAGGGCGUGCCUGUUGCUGCCUCUGCUGCGUUCUCGGCUGCGUUUAAGACUGCUUCUGCCUCCGCCCACGACCGGCCUCGCAAGCACGCUCACGCGCACACACACGCACUCACGCUCGCGCACCCACGGCCGUUGUCAGCGUCUCUCGCUGCUGCUGCUGCUGCUGGUACUGCUGGCGCGUCCCCCCGGGAGCACGCUCGCUCGCACGCUCUCUCACUCUCACGGCCGUCGUCAGCGUCUCUCGCUGCUGUUGCUGGUACUGAUGAGUCCUCGCGAGAGCAGCGUCACACGCAGGAUGCUCAUAGCGAGUCUCGUGACGAGUCUUAUAACGAGUCGCAUAAUGAGUUAGCAAAAGAGUCUCAUACGGAGUCCCAGAAGGAGCCUCAUAAGGGUUCUCGUGAGAAUUCUUUCAACGAGUCCCAAAAGGAGUCCCAAAGGGUCUCUUUCCAAGUGCCUCAUAACGAGUCCCACAAGUGGCCUCAUAAGGAGUCUCACAAGGAGUCUUAUAAGGAGUCUUUUAAGGAGGGCCAGAAGAACCAACUACUCAAGCGAAUCCAUCCCUCCCCAUCCGCGGGGGACCUCGGCACCCCCACCAGCACCACCGCAUGGAGAUUAAUCGCUCCUCCGGAAAGCUAUGGCCUUCCGGGGCUCAUCACCCCCAAAGGCGGAGGAGACAGUCUAGGCAGCAGCGGAGGAAGAGGCGGGCGAAGAGGGGAGAGAGGGGGAGAAAGAGGAGGGGGGGAAGGCGCGUGGGGCGAGGGGAGCAGCGUGCUCAGGCAGAGACAGAGGCACAGCUGCACGGAUCUCACGGACUUGGCUUCUGUGGGGGAAGGGGAGCAGCACGACUGGUUGAACAGCCCUGGUGUCGCUGGGUACAAGGAGUAUUUAACUGGUCCACACGCAGGGGGGUCGCUGCAUGGGACUGGUAGAAGAAGUGGGCUUCGAGUUUCCAUGGGGGAGAGACCUGGGGGAUACGAAUGGUAUAAGGGACGUGAGAGGCAUGAGGGGUAUGAGAGGCAUGAGGGGUAUGAGAAGCAUGAGUGGUUGCGCAGCCUUUCUGCUGGUCAAGGGAUUCUUAUUGCUGCCCGGGAGGCUGUGGAGGGGGCGAAGGGCGUGGCUGACAAGGUAGCAGGCGUGGCUGCUAAGCGCAUUGCUGUGGCAGGAGCAGUAGCGGGGACUGUAGCGGGGACAGUGGCAGGGACAGUGGCUGGGACUGUAGCGGGGACAGCUGAGCACGUGGCUGGGAACGUAGCAGGGGCAGCAGGAGUGGUGGUGGGGAGAGUGACUGGCGCGGCAGGCGUGGUGGGAGGUUCGGUGACUGGUGCUGCUGGUAAGGUAGCCGGGGCUGUAGCGGGAACAGCAGAGCAUGUGGCUGGGAAUGUAGCAGGGGCAGCAGGAGUGAUGGUGGGGAAAGUGACUGGCGCUGCAGGCGUGGUGGGAGGUUCGGUGACCGGUGCUGCUGGUAAGGUAGCCGGGGCCGCAGGUACAGUAGCAGGUACUGUAGCCGGGGCUGCAGGUACUGUAGCCGGUACAGUAGCUGGGGCAGCAGGGACGGUAGCAGGUACGGUAGCCGGAGCUGCAGGCACGGUAGCCGGGGCCGCAGGUUCGGUAGCCGGUACGGUGGCAGGUACGGUAGCGCAACUACCCAGGGGUGCUGUGGGGGCCGUGUCUCGCAGGGUGCGGAAUAUAGGCGCGGGGGGAAAGGCGAUGAGUGCGCGUGUGCGCAGGGGAGCAGAGGCUCGGAUCGAAGCAGCUCAGAGCACGGUGAAAUCCGUGAGUGCAAGAGUGCAACGGGGCGCCGGGGCUAGCUUCGGAGCGGCUCGGAAUGCUGUGGAGGAGAGGUUCGGAAUGGGUCGGCAUGGUUCGGAAGAGAGACUCGGAAUGGGUCAGCAUGAUUCGGAGGAGAGGCUUGGAGUGGUUUGGCAUGGUUCGGAGGGUGGAAGCGUAGCAUCGGAGUCGUUUGAAAGGGUGGGUGAAGACGGCUCGGAGGGGGGAAGUUUGGUGUUUGAAAUGAUUGGCAUGGUUGGUGAGAAUGGUUCGGAUGGUGGGAGUGCGGUGCUGGAGUCGUUAGAAAGGGUGGGGGAAAAUGGUUCGGAGGGUGGGAGUGCAGCACUAGAGUCGUUUGAAAGGGCGGAUGGAGAUGGAUCGGAGGGUGGGAGAGUUCAAGGAAUGCAAGAAACAGAGGCAAGUUCAGGCGCAGAGGCAAGUGUUGGAGCAGAGGCGAGUUUUGGAGCGGUUGAAAGCGGUAUGGAGGAGUCUAGGAGAGUGAGAUUGGGGCGAGGAGGCUCAGAGGCGCAUUCGGAUUUGGAGGCAUCUCAGCGGAGUGAGGGUGUCGCGAGAAGUGACUCACCUGAACGCGAGGUGGAGCGCAAGAGUGGGGGAGUGCAGUGCGGUGUGGAGGAGUCUAGGAGUGUGGGAGUAUUGAGAGGAGGCUCAGGGGCAGAGUCUAAUCAGGAAGCGUCUCAGCAGAGUGGGGGUGUCGCGAGUAGAGGCUCACCUGAACGCGAGGUGGAGAGAGAGAGUGGGGGAGUGCAGAGCGGUGCAGAGGCGUAUUCGGACGCACCUGGGAACGAGGUGAGGAGUGCGAGUGGGAGAGUGGGAAGAGGAGGGCCAAGGGAACACGAGGGAUUUUCAGGGCAGCACGCGGAAUGUCCGAGGCAACACGAAGAAAGUCUGAGGCAACGCGAGGAAAGGUUGAGGCAACAGGAGGAAAGUCUGAAGCAACGAUUUGCGAAGUCCAAGAGCGGGAAAGCCGAAAAAGGGAUCGGAGAAGGUGGAAGGUUGGUUGUUUCUGAGUCUGAAGAAAGCAGAAGGAGCGGAAAAGGCAGAGGGAUCAGAGGGAGCAAGAAGGGCAAAGGGAGCGGAAGGAGGGGAGGGAGUGGAGAGAUUGGAGGGUUGGUAGUUUCCGAGUCUGAAGAAAGCAGGAGCGGAAAGGGUAGAGGAAAGGGAGGCAUCAAGAAGGGCAAAGGGAUUGGAGAAAUUGGAGGGCUGGUAGCUUCUGAGUCGGAAGAAAGCAGGAUGAGCGGAAAGGGUAGAAAGAUCGGCGGGAGCAAAAGGGGCGAAGUGGGCGGAAGGAGUGUAGGGAGUGGAGAACUUGGAGGGUCGGUUGUUUCUGAAUCUGAAGAAAGCAGGAGCGGAAAGGGCAGAGGAAGCGCAGGGAGCAAGAAGACCAAAGGGAGCGGAAGGAGUGGCGGGAAUGGGGAAAAUGGAGGGUUAGUUGUUUCUGAAUCUGAAGACAGCAGGGGCGGAAUGGGCAGAGGAAGUGGAGGGAGCAAGAAGAGCAAAGGGAGCGGAAGGAGUAGCGGGAAUGGGGAAACUGGAGGGUCGGUUGUUUCUGAAUCUGAAGAAAGCAGGAGCGGAAAGGGCAGAGGAAGCGCAGGGAGCAAGAAGAGCAAAGGGAGCGGAAGGAGUGGCGGGAAUGGGGAAAGUGGAGGGUUAGUUGUUUCUGAAUCCGAAGACAGCAGGAGCGGAAUGGGCAGAGGAAGUGGAGGGAGCAAGAAGGGCAAAGGGAGCGGAAGGAGUAGCGGGAAUGGGGAAACUGGAGGCAGUCCCCUCUUCUCCUUGCUUCUCACUCAUUCAACCUCUCUUCCACCUCUAGCUCUAGUGCCCUGUUAUGGGCUAGCUGUGUGUGGGAACGCUGAGGCCGCCACACCUGCCACACCUGCUGCACCUGCAGCUUAUGGGCUAGCUGUGUGUGGGAACGCUGAGGCCGCCACACCUGCCACACCUGCUGCACCUGCAGCUUAUGGGCUAGCUGUGUGUGGGAACGCUGAGGCCGCCACACCUGCCACACCUGCUGCACCUGCAGCUUAUGGGCUAGCUGUGUGUGGGAACGCUGAGGCCGCCACACCUGCCACACCUGCUGCACCUGCAGCUUAUGGGCUAGCUGUGUGUGGGAACGCUGAGGCCGCCACACCUGCCACACCUGCUGCACCUGCAGCUUAUGGGCUAGCUGUGUGUGGGAACGCUGAGGCCGCCACACCUGCCACACCUGCUGCACCUGCAGCUUAUGGGCUAGCUGUGUGUGGGAACGCUGAGGCCGCCACACCUGCCACACCUGCUGCACCUGCAGCUUAUGGGCUAGCUGUGUGUGGGAACGCUGAGGCCGCCACACCUGCCACACCUGCUGCACCUGCAGCUUAUGGGCUAGCUGUGUGUGGGAACGCUGAGGCCGCCACACCUGCCACACCUGCUGCACCUGCAGCUUAUGGGCUAGCUGUGUGUGGGAACGCUGAGGCCGCCACACCUGCCACACCUGCUGCACCUGCAGCUUAUGGGCUAGCUGUGUGUGGGAACGCUGAGGCCGCCACACCUGCCACACCUGCUGCACCUGCAGCUUAUGGGCCAGCAGUGUGUGAAAACGAUGAUUCGCCAGGGGGGCUUUUAGGCAGACUGGAGGAGACGGGUAUUGCUAGGUGA